AUGAUGGAAAUUAAGAAAGAUAUAAACGACAUAAAUACAAAACCAGAUGAUACGAAUGCAAACAAGAAUAUAACAUUGGAUCCCUCAAUUGCACACCAAAGAUCUGUAUCAAAUAACAAAAAUAGUAAUAAUAUAGUUUCUGGAUCAGUAACGCCUAGGAAAUUAUCAGAACUAUUGAUGAGGAGAGGUCCAUUAGCAAUAAGACACAUUACACAAGCAUUAAAUGAAGACAUAACGAACUUUAAAGAUUUAUCCAGCUCAAAACAAAGAAGGUUAAUUAUGGGUGCAAUGGAUGAUGGAGAUAAAGAUAAUCGUAUUGUAUUUGAAAAAGUAGGUUGGGGUCAAUGGUCAGCUAGACAACUUGAUGACAAUGAAGAUUUCAAUACUGUAUUAGAUAUUACAAAGAAAAAUAAUUUGAAAGUUAGAGAUGCAGCCUCGACUGCUAAAGAUGAUAACAAUAAUAUUGGGAUUAACACCAAUGCUAAUGUUAAUACUAAUACUAGUAGUAGUAGUAGAAGGAGAAGCAGUAAUUCAGCGAUGGUAAAAAAGCCGGAGACAAAAACUAAAAAUAAAAACCAUCCAAUUUCUUCACCUGCCAUGACAACGAACUCCCCACAAGCUGAAUCGUUGUCUCAACCUUCUGUGCUAUAUAUCGACGAAGAAGUCUUAGCUUCGGACGAAGAAGACGACAUAGAUAUUGAGAAUAGAGACAAGGAUAUGUUUGCUUUCAAUGGGAGAAGGAAAUCAACUGUUGUCUAUGCUUCUAAUGUUGCUGGUGAUAAUGUGGCGUCUACUGCUGACGUUACAGAACAUGAAUUGAUGGCACGCCAUAUCAGGCCUAAACUGAGAAAUAAUUCAAGAACACGAAGAUCAAGUUCCAAGAGUAAAUCUAGGCCAUCUAUAAAUAAAAUGGUGCCGUCCACCGUGAAUCAACAAACUGACAUACAAACAUUUCAACACCAACAACAUUUUAUCAGCGGACAAUCGAACAAAAUUGAUUUAGACCUAUUAUCUCGAAGCACUUUAAGUGAACCACCAUCUGAACGACCCUCUAGGGUUUCAUUCUCUAAAGAGUCUGGGAUAAGAUCGACAUUAUUUGCUUCUAAUGGCAUGUAUAAAGGAGAAGAAAAACGCAAUACUGUUGGUUCUACUACCUUCAACAAUACUAGUUCAGAUAUGUCAAACAGGUUUGCAAUACCUCAGAUAGCUUUCAAGAACCCGCAUAUCGGACAUAACACAGUGGAAUCAUUUAUACCACCAUCUGCAGAAGACACCAGUCAUAAUAACCACGAAGAGAAGCAGACACCAUCAGAUACUACGGAAGACGAAGAUUGGGCGGCCAUGGGGGCCGAAGUUCUACGAAACGUCAAGAAUAGUGGAACACAGAACGUAUUGCAACGGAAUCAACAUGCCAAUAAUGUUGAUGAUCGGAAAGAAUCACAACAUCGAAGAGGCACAGAUGAUGAGAAUGAUGGAGCCAUUUUGUUAAUGAAUCUUAUGAAGUAA